AUGGGAGGCGCAGGCCGAGACCGCAGCCCCCGCCCGGGCAAAGGUGGCCCCUGGGCUGCACCCGGCCCUCCCCGGCCCUCGCCUUCGCGGGAUCGGAGCCAGCCCCGAGCCCAUCCGGCCUGGCGGGCUGCAGGGGAUGGGAGUUGUAGUCCGGCGCCUGCGGAGGCGGUCAUCCUGCGGCCCGCGGGUGCCCUCGAGGUCAUGGCCAGCGAGACCCAGGGGAUGGCUCUGGGGGCGCCGGGGCGUGGAGGCCGCAGCCCGCUCGUUCGCCCGGGGCUCGGGCCUCAGGCAGGGCCUCCCCGGAGGAGCAGCCAAGCGACAGGCAGCGACGCCCCCGGCGCCUCCCCUGAAGGCUCGAUGCCGGCCCCGGCACCCCCGGCCCGUAAGCGGGGCCCGCCGCUCCUCACCUGGCCGAGCGGGAGGGGGUCGGGGGAGGGAGCGGGGAAGCGGCUCCGGGAAGCGGCGGGGCGCGCGACAAGGCCUCUACUGGCGGCAGAGCAGGGCGGCCAUGGCGUGACGUCAUGCACGCGCGACGCCGCCAGCGGCGGCGACGGCCUCCCACCUACUCAGCGCGCCUGCGCCGCCCGGGCAGCGCGAGGCCAACGAGGAGUGGGCGGGGCCGAGCCGCUUCAGGGAAAGUGA